AUGUCUCCCACAGCCAUUGAGACCGUCCCGACGGGGAAGAACAACUGGUGGAAAGAAGCCACCAUCUACCAGGUCUACCCGGCAUCUUUCAAAGACUCUAAUGGCGAUGGAUGGGGCGAUAUUCCUGGGGUCAUUGAAAAAGUGCCCUACUUACAUUCACUCGGCGUGGACGUCGUCUGGCUCUCGCCCAUGUACGAUUCGCCGAUGCUCGACAUGGGUUACGACGUCUCCGACUACGAGAAUGUUCUACCAGCGUAUGGCACGGUCGUAGAUGUUGAGAAGCUGGUAGAGGAAUGCCACAAGUAUGGGAUGAGACUCAUACUUGACCUUGUGAUCAACCACACCAGCGACCAGCACAAGUGGUUUCUGGAAAGCCGCAGCAGCAAGGACAACCCUAAACGCGACUGGUAUUUCUGGCGGCCGCCACGGUACGAUAAACAGGGCAAUCGGAUGCCUCCGAGCAACUAUCGGGGGUAUUUUGCAGGGAGUACAUGGACGUGGGAUGAGCACACGCAGGAGUAUUACCUCCAUCUAUACGCUAAAGAACAACCUGACCUCAACUGGGAUAAUCUAGAAACCCGCAAGGCGAUCUAUGACAGCGCUGUCCGGUUCUGGCUCGACCGCGGCGUCGACGGCUUCCGGGUCGACACUGUAAACAAGUACAGCAAGUAUACUGACUUUCCGGACGCCCCGAUCACAGACCCAAAGAGCUACAUCCAGCCAGCCAUCGGUAUGUGGUGCAACGGUCCCCGCAUCCACGAGUUCAUUCGUGAGAUGUACGAUGAAGCUCUCGAGCCCUACGGAGACGUCGUCACCGUCGGCGAGCUCGCCAAUACCCCGGAUCCGGCUCACGUCUUGAGAUACGUGGGCGCUUCAGCCAAGCAACUAAGCAUGGUAUUUCACCUCGACAUCGGACACAUCGGCAUGGGUAGCCUGGAGGACAAAUACGUCCUGCAGCCAUGGAAGCUGACGGAAAUGAAGUCCAUUGUGGCCAAAUGGCAGACCUUCAUUGAAGGCACCGACGGCUGGACCACAGCUUUCUGCGAGAACCAUGAUAACGGCCGGUCCGUUUCGCGGUUUGCGUCCGACGCGCCAGAACACCGCGAGCGUUCGGCCAAGAUGCUCGCGCUGAUGAUGGUCGCCAUGACCGGCACGCUCUUCCUCUACCAGGGGCAGGAGAUCGGCAUGAUCAACGCGCCCCGUGACUGGCCGAUCGACGAGUACAAGGACAUCGAGGGUCUGGGGUACUACCGCGAGGCGCAGGCUCAGGUCGCCAGCGGUGUUGACCCAAUGCGGGAAGAGCGUAUCAUGGACGGGUUGCGCGUUCUUGCGCGCGAUCAUUCGCGGCUCCCAAUGCAGUGGGAUGAUUCUCCUGAAGCGGGCUUUACCACUGGGGUGCCGUGGAUGCGCACGCAUGAUCUGUACCGGGAAAUUAAUGUGAAGAAGCAAGAGGGAGAUCCAGACAGCGUGCUGUCCUUCUGGAAGAAGGUGCUGCUUCUGCGGAAGAGAUACCGUCAUCUGUUCAUCCACGGGGCGUUUGAGGUUCUCGAUUUCGACAACCUGGACACAUUUUGUUUUAUCAAGUCCAGAGGAGAGGAGCGGGCGCUCGUGGUGCUGAACUUUUCGGCGGGGGAGCAGCCCUUUACACAGGCAGAGAUGGCAGCCGACAUGGAAUUGCUGGUGGGGAAUUAUGCUGAAGCUGAAUUGUGUGAGAAGCUGAGGCCAUAUGAAGGACGAAUAUAUAUCAGAAGUGAAUAG